GAUACAGAGAGAGAGAGAGAGAGAUAACCCUAGCGAGCAAGCGAGAGAGAGAGUGUUAUCUAUCAGUAUCAGUGAAUGGCGCCCACAUCGGCUUCUGCGGCGGAUUCACCAACUCAAUCUGCACCCGAUACCAUCGAAAAUAAUCUCCAGCCUUUCUUUGUUCUUCACAAAGCAUCGUCCCGAAAAUCUGAGAAAAGGUCAGCUGGAACAGGGAAAACCCGAAGGCGAAUUGAUCUGUCUCCAUCACCUACUAAGAAGACUGAGAAAUCCGAAGAAUGCGAUGAACAACAUCGCUUCGAGCGCCUGCGUAUGGAAGCUUUUGAGCUUGUUUGGUCGAAAAUCGACUCCACUAUCAAGGAUGUUUUGAGGGGUAUCAAUACUAAUGUAUUCGAUGAAAUAUAUUGCUGGGUUUGUGAGUCCUUUAAUACUAUCAAAUCAUUUGGAACACCUGGUAUCGCUGAAGCAACUCGGGCUUUUCCCAUUGUAACAGAUGCUUCUUCUAAACUGUUGUUCACGGGGCUGGUUCUGACAAAGAAUAUGGAGUUCGUUGAUGAUCUAUUGACUUUUGAAGAGGUUGGCCUUUUUUUGAAAUCUCAUGGAUGCCAUGUGGCUAACCUUUCGUCCUUGGACUUCUCAGCCAAGAAUGGGAUUGGUGGUUGCCUCAGAGGUUUAUUGAGACAGUUCUUAAUGGCUACUUUGGAUGCAGCUGAUAUGUCCAUCUUAGCAUCAUGGUACAGAGAACAAGAAAAUAAUAAUUCCCCAGUGGUUGUGAUCAUAGAUGAUAUGGAACGAUGUUGUGGGUCUGUCUUAUCUGAAUUCAUCCUUAUGUUGAGUGAAUGGGUUGUAAAGAUUCCAAUUAUUCUAUUAAUGGGUGUUUCCACAACACUGGAUGCUCCAAGAAACCUUCUUCCUUCAAAUGUGUUGCAGCAGUUGUGCCCUUCUAAGUUCGUAUUGGGAUCACCAGCCGAGAGAAUGGAUGCAGUUGUUGAGGCAGUCCUUGUGAAGCAGUGUUCUGGGUUUAGUGUUGGUCAUAAGGUAGCUGUUUUCUUGAGAAACUACUUCUUAAACCAGGAUGGAACGCUAAUAUCAUUUAUUAGAGCUUUGAAGAUUGCAUGUGCCCUACAUUUCUCCAUGGAGCCUCAGAGCUUCAUACUCGGUGGCUUGCUCGAUGAAGGAGAACAAGAGGGAGAGAAAAGUGGUUUACUGCCAGAGAUAAUAUUGAAGAAUGCUCCUCAGCUUCCAUUAUAUGUAAGAUCUUUUAAUAGGAAUCAAAUGGCUGAACAGAAUGGCAAAAGUUUGGUCCAUGGUUUGUCAGAACUGAAGGGACUACACAAGUGCUGGAGCAUCGUUGUCUUGUGCCUUUAUGAAGCUGGAAAUUGUAAUAAAAUCCGACUACUAGACUUGUUAUGUGAGGCACUUGAUCCUGAUUUGUACACCUCAAAAGCUUCCAAUAAUGUGGUACUAGAAAACGAUUGUGGUUUACCUAUAACUAGUGAUCGUUUUAUGCGGCGAAAGUAUUCUACCUCACAGAAAGGAGGUUUGAUCAGUCAGAUAAUACGCAAAGUAAGAGAUCUCCCGGCAGCAACGCUCUAUCAGUUGUUGAAGAAUUGGGAAAAAAUUACUAUGGAUGUUCCCGAGAUCCAUGACAAAGUCAAGGAGUUGCAGUCAGAAUUCAGAUUUGAAGAUUGCAAGUUGAAACAAAACGUCGAUGACAUAUCCAAGAGACAUUUAUCUUUGAGCCCUAUAAACAGUGAGAAGGACUCAAAAGCAAUAAGUGAGAAAGCUGCUGCAUUAUUAGAUUCCUUGGUUGGGGAUUUCUUUAGGCCUAUUGAGUGCAUUCCUUUUCAUGAAAUUGUGUGCUUUAAGAGUGUUGAGAAACUACAAUCGGCUUUAAUUGGAGAUCCAAGAAGAAGGAUUCAAGUCGAUCUUCUGGAGUUUUACAAAAUUUUGCGGUGUAGUUGUUGCAGCAAGAGUGGCAAUAUCCUUGUGCCAUCUAUGCAUGAUACCUCGGUUAUGUAUACUCUAGCUCAGGAGCAUGGUGAUCUUAUCAAUCUCCAUGACUGGUUCCAAUCUUUCAAAACAAUUGUUCUUCGUCCUAGUAAGAAAGGGAAACCCAAGUCGAAACAGUCCCCACUACCAAAGAAAAGAAAGGACAUGAAUGAAUCUGAGAACAAGAGCGAAGCAUCAAUUCAAGCAAGGUUUUGUAGAGCAGUUACGGAGCUACAGAUUUCUGGGCUCCUUCGGAUGCCUAGCAGAAGACGCCCUGAUUGUGUGCAGAGAGUGGCCUUUGGACUCUAACUAGUGGUGUCAUUAAAGAAGCUUAGUCGCAUUGUUCUGAUCUCUUUUAUGCAAAGGUAGUUUAAUUUCAUAUUGGUGCAGUUGUACUGUUAUGUAAUUAUGUCAAGAUUUAAUAAAUGAAGAACAUGAUUUAUUAAUCUAUCCAAUAUAAAUGCCAAAUAGCCCCAAAAAAAACCACUUGGGAAUUGGGAGGCUUUUUUGUAAGUACCUGACAUACUAACAGAUUGCUAUAGGUUGAAUUCAAGUAAUUGGGAUUACAACCCUUUUAUAAACUUUUACUUUGUAACAUGUAAGAUUGAAAGUGAUUAUUAGA